CGGGGCGAGAACUCUAACCUCCCCGGCGCCUACCUGGCCUCGUCAGGCCCCGCGGCCGGCCGGCUGUCCCACGUCGGCGUGCACCCGUUGGCCUGUCAUCACCAGACCGGGCUGUCGAGCCACCACGCGGAACAGCACGUGCAAUUGAGCCACGCCGCGGCUGCGGCCGCCGCCGCCGCCUCCAUGGGGAUGGAAUCCUCGGAACUGGUGGCGGUGGCGCACUACCAGGCGCAACAGCUUCAGCGACAAUUGUUGGCCGAGCAGUCGGGUCCAGCAGGCACGAUGCUGCCGCCGGCUGCUCAGCCUACUGGUGGAGGCUUGACGCAGCCGCUUCAGCAAGGCCAGCAGACCUCACAAUCUCAGGGCCAGGACCCGCUGCAGAGCUUGAUGCAGCAGCUGAUCUGCCUGCAGCAGAUCGAGUACUUUCUCGCUCAGCGUGGUCACAAGUGAUGAAAUCGUCUGUGUCGAUUAACCGGGCGGGGGGAGGGCGCGGGUCGCUAGUAGAGCGACCCCGGAGUAAGACUCAGAGAGACACGACGCUUGGAAGAGAUUGGUGCGCGUCCGGUGGGUGUCGGAGCGGUUCGGUCGACGGAGGUAACCCGCGCCGCGACCGAUUCCGUCGACCGCGAGGGUCGAGGAUGGACGCACUGUUCCCGUUCGAGGGUAGUCUCGUUUUUUAAUCCCUGGACACGAGGGAGAGAGGGACGCGCCGGUGUCCACGAGUAUCGUCUCGAUUCGAAGAGGACGGAGGACGCUCCGGAAGCGGACGAAAACGCACCCGUUGGGACACCGUGGCGAGGACCGCGACACGGCCUCGAGUCGGAGGCCCGAGCUUUUAAGCUCGUGUGAUACAAAAAUAAAAAAAAAAAAACAUAAUAUGUCAAAAGAAAGGAUAACAAGGGACAAAAGUAUAAUUAAAAUAAAAGAGGGAGAUCGACUGGGCGGUGAAACGCUUCUUUUUGGGGACGGGGGGGAAAAACGAAUCGAGGUUGAAACGAAUACAGUAAAAGAACGCCACGCGCUGCGGCAGAGACGAUCACUCGCUCUGGUGCCGGAGCUGUGAAUGAAUCUCUAUCCGUCAACAGUAUUGAUAUAAUUAAUAGAAUAAAUGAAUAUAAAAAAAAAAUUAUUGUAAGAGGUAUAUGGUAAGUACGACGUAUUGUGCAAGCGUAUGCGAGAUAGGAGAGUGUGGUGUGAUGUCGAAUAGGGUUUUGGGAUUUUGGGGGGGGGGAGAGAGAGAGAGAGAGAGAGAGAUGAGAGGAUGCGGGUGUGUCAGAAGAACGGAUCGUCUCUUAGACUCGAAGAAUUUUCAAGCGCGGAGCCCACGAUCGAACGCCAACGCACCGGCCCUGAUUGCCCCUGGGGGAAACGAAAAGUAAAACGCGAACGUGGACGUCAUUGUAACGUUUCACCCCUUUGUUGUUACUAAUAUUAAGAACGGAACGAGACCACGGUGUGAAAGGAGAGAGGGAGCGAAGGUAUUUUGCACGUGAAACGCAGAAGCCGAGGUUUUCAAGCAAUUCGCGUCGACGAUCGGGAAUUAUCGACGGGUGCUAGCACCGGCCCCCGUAGCUCCCGAGUCGCGCAAGCGCCGUACCCGCGUCCGAUCGUCGUGUGACCGUUCUCUUUUUCUCCAACGGAGCGCAGUACCAUUUCGUCCGCCCGGUGUGCGCGUCCAGUCGCGAGCAAACUCUGUUACUUAAUCGAAUUUCGUUAAACAACGACGCUCACCAAACACACAUACACGCACAUAGACAUACUGAGAGGAAACCAUCCACCGAUUACGUACAUUACGAAUCAUUCUAGUAUAAAGUUCCUUGCGCGUUACGUUCGUACAUGAUAAAUGUAUAUGUUCCUCAUUGUAUGCUUAUACGUUUGUUCCUAUUUUUUGUAUUAAUCCGCGUGAUUCGUUGUGUUCUCUUCCUUCGCUGAUGAGCUCUCGAGCCAAGCAGAACGGGGCAUUAUAUAUACACAUCGACGAUUCGACAGCGUACGCUCGAAUCUCCGUCGAGCCGCGAUUCAACGCGCGCGACGCGACGCGCGGAGCUGACUCGAGAGGAUCGCCGAGUCCGCUCCGCGUAGCCUGUCGCGUCCGAGAGCUUUAUAUCGAAUCAUCGUCGUCGCGAUCUUCGAAUCUGUCACGCGUUUCGUUGGGUGUGUGGAUAAGUUUUGUAGGUUUCUUGCGAUGAAUCUACUAACCAAAUGGAAUCUACACUCUUCGAGCAACGAGUAACGAAGUUCAUUUGUGUUUGUAUGCAACUUGACAAAAGGAAAGGAUAUAUCGACAUCUACGCAAUUUUAUCUAAACGUAUCCUAUAAAACUUAUGCAUACUUCGAUCACCAUUUCCAUUUUCGUUCCAGUCUUUACUCGAACUUGUAAACUUGAAAGAGGAUAUUAGAAAUAGAUUCGAGGUCGUUGCGCGGUCGUAGUACGCUAACCUUAACUGUAAGAAAGGAACAUCGCUCUAGUUGUAUAUCGUGACACGUAUCACAUCACACGUACACGUCUGUAUUUAUUAGUUUCGCCACUUGGACCGGUGUCACGACGAGGACACGACGUUGGUACGAGCUCCGCUUCGUGAUCGUAAUUCGAUGAUAAAAAAAAAAGAAAAGAAACAAAAAUCUCCCUCUGAAACCGCUUGAAACACUCUGCGUCUUUUAUCCGUCGGACCGACGUUCUCCGUCUCUUCGCCGCUAUUCGACUUCGGCCCCGAUUCCUCUCGUAACCGUAAGUCCGAUCGACCGUUUCGGCUCGUCGAUCGCGCCCUGCUCGACUCCUUCGAGGAUUGUUCGAUGGUCGAGCCAGGCGUGGUCGACGAUGGAUCGAGGAACUCGACGCGAGCUUCGAUCCAACCCGACGGCACCGUAAACUCCGAAGCAAAAAUCAGGCGGCUCGAUUGGAGCGUCCCUCGAAGCUGAGAAAAAGCUACCGUAGACACAGUCGACGCGUUUACCCGCUGCGAAAGUCCGUUCACCGCUCGAGAUCACCGAGAUUACAGCGCCAGGCGUGCCACGGUCGAGUCCUCGGGCGCCGAUCGCGUUAAACCGAAUCUGUUGAAGCCGGAUCGGUCGAAGAAAGUCCGAGAGAAUGAUACCUGUGUUCAGGGUUGUUCGCUAGGUCGGGUGGCUGCAAACAUUGCAGAGACUGUAACGUUCAACCCUUCCGAGGGUGUUCGACCGUGGCACGUCAGGCGAACGCUUUCAAAAAAGAGAACACGCACUGGUCCACCAUGUCGGACCGAGUGUCGCGAGGGUCAGGGGAGAGGGCACGAACGUCGGCGUUUCAUCACGUCCAUUGAACUCUGCGCUUUCGGGUUGGUUCCACUUCAGACGCGCGUCUCUGGUGAAGGAUAUAGAACUUUUCGAAUAUGUACAAAGUCAUCGUAUACACGUCAUGCAUUAUACACACACACACACGCGCGCGCGUAUAAACAGACACUGAUACAUACACGGGGGAAAGCGUCGCCCUGCGGCGAAGUAAGGUCUGUCCACUCGACUCGGUCCUUUCAAUUUUCUUCGCCCCCUCCCGCGUUGCUUUCUGGAAGGCGAAGAACGCGACGAAGAUGUGGGGGACGCGACGAUCUGGGCGAAGGGACGACAGAGGCGUACACGUACACGGAUCAUACGUACACAGACAGGUACAGUUUGCAACUACAAAUCAUUGAAUUAGAUAGAUAAGCUACGCGUGAAGCCAGUACAGUCCCACGGCGUGAGAGUGUGCGAAGAGAAAUGGUGGAAGGGGGUUCUUUUUUCGAGGGGGGUGGUUUCGUAUAAUAACGGAGCAGAGUGUGUGCAUGACGCGCGAGAAAGUAACGGCAAAGAGAAUGCGAGCGUAUACUUUGAGCGAGAGAAAAUGAUAGCAAGAAUGGGUUAAUAGAGAGAGAAAGAGCGAGAGAGAGAGAGAGAGAGAGAGAGAGAGAGAGAGAGAGAGAGAGAGGGAGUGAACAGGACUAAAUGAUUAUUUCGACACGAGCAUGCGGUGGGUUUUAGGAUAAAUGAUCUAUUGACAAAUGUUGUAUAUUAUUACGAAUUAUAAUGACACUAUUAUAAUUAAUUAAUUAAUUAAUUAAUUAUUAUACCCUAAUAAUGUGAAUUGAAUUUAAACGACACGAACAAAAAAAAACGAGGGGGAGGAGGUACACGCAAGCGAUUAAGCGAAUAGGGAGAAAAAUUUUAAUUGUUAGCGAGAUGAGCACACGCGUAACCGGUGGACAAACCAGACUCGUAACGCCAAGUGCAGACCGAGUGAGAGUGGCGCGAGACCAUUUCUUUGAAAGUGGGUGAAAAGACUUCACGUUAAGAAACUGAAGAAAUUAAUUCUAAAAGUAAGGCGACGAUGGGAAUAAAUUUGGCGAGGUUAAAACAUUAAUCUAAUCUUCAACAAUUUCGUGACAAACCUUGAACAUCGUAGACAUUUUUUUUAACGAGUUUCAAUCCGACAACUUGUUAAACACUAGAACAACCUAUUGUACUAUUACGUUAAAUUUGAAUAACGUGAAUUGUUCCUUAAAUCAAAGCUGAAUUUUUAUCUCGGCAAAAGUACUAAAACUAUUCGACUCGAUUUGGCACUAAAUUUGUUUUAAAGGAGGGAAGGACGAAUCAUUUGACCAAUAUAUUAGGUGUACAAAUUAAUUAUGCGACUUUAUAUUCCUUCAUUUAUUAUUCUAGUUUAAGUAGAAAUACUCAC